AGCACCGUAGCGCUUUGCUUUUACGACGCAUGCGCGUUUUCGACACUACGGAAGGCAAGCCGUGACGCGAUGAGAGUCACGAGUACAAAUAAAUUGAAGUUUUAAAAGCGUCAACAAAAGGACGUGGCGAACUAAACUCCGGCAAGUUGCUGGCGAUCCGUCAGAAAAGCAAUGGACCCGCUUCAGUGUCUGAAUGUAGAGGCGGAAGAAACCAGAUGUGGUCAUGACAAUGGUGAAGUUUCCAACAACAACAGUUGCGGCAAGACGGUGAGUCCAGGUCCGGGGGAACAUCCUCUCCAGUAUAACUACACAUUCUGGUACAGCCGAAGAUCGCCGAGUCGUCCCGCGAGCACGCAGAAUUACGAGCAAAACAUUAGACGGAUUGGCACUGUGUCAUCGGUGGAGCAGUUCUGGAAGUUCUACAGUCAUCUGGUGCAUCCAGGAGACCUGAGUGGACCCAGCGACUUCCACUUGUUCAAGGAGGGCAUCAAACCGAUGUGGGAGGACGAGUGCAACCGCAGCGGGGGCAAGUGGAUCAUUCGGCUGCGGAAAGGGCUCGCAAGCCGAUUCUGGGAGAACAUGAUUCUCGCCAUGGUGGGGGAGCAGUUCAUGGUGGGGGAGGAAAUUUGCGGCGCCGUCGUAUCGAUACGCUUCCAGGAGGACUUCCUUUCAAUCUGGAACAGGACGUCCAGCGAUCAAACCACAACCUCCAGAAUCCGAGACACUUUGAGACGGGUUCUCAACCUUCCCGCCAGCACCAUCAUGGAGUACAAGACCCACAACGACAGCCUCAGGGACAACUCCAGCUUCAGAAACAUGAAGAUGUCCCACUGACGCUUGGGAGUGGAAUGUUUGUCGUUACGUCCUUUGUCUUGAGUUCUUCGAGGUUACCUUGCAGCGGAUUAUGUUUUUUGUGUUUGAGUGUUGGCACAGGGUACCGAUUAAACCCAGUGGAAGUCA